CAGAGGCGUCACAUGUGGAUAGCGAUAUCUUGGUAGGACACACCCAGCAUUGUGAUGAAGAUAUGCGGUAGUGAAGUGCGGAAUGAGAGUGGAAAUGGAUAUCCUGGUACCUUGUCAUAGAGCUUACAUAUAGUCUCCAUCAAAAAUCUACGUCUCACCUUGAUCUUUCUUGAAGAUACUCGUUGUCAAGGUCGCAGUUAUCCAGUUGCACCCCGGAAUUACCCUGAGUCUUGUUCCCCUCUUCCCACCAUGGCGCACACCACAACCAAAGAUGAAGCCAUCGACCAUAUUGAGAAGGUCGAGAAGGGCCUUGCGUCCUCGUCGUCAGCGUCCUCGGAAACACUCGAAACCAAGCUUGCGGCCUCUAUCCGCCACCGCAUCGACUUGAGACUCAUCCCCGCAUUAGGCGCCAUGUACGGCAUCUCACUCAUGGACCGAAAAAAUGUUUCCAACGCCGCCAUAGCUGGUAUGCUCGUCGACAUGCGCAUGGGUCGGGGUAUGGCCUACAACCUCGUUAACCUCUGCUUCUUUAUCACCUAUGUGCUUUUUCAGCCCUUGAUGAUCAUCGUUUGCCGAAAGAUCGGACCCCGAUAUUUCUUGCCGGGUGUUUGCAUUGCGUGGGGUGUGGUGAUUAUUGGCUUUGGCUUCACAAAGACGUGGGGUGGGCUAAUACCGCUGAGAUUGGUGUUGGGGUUAUUGGAGAGUGGGUAUUUUCCAGGGUGUUUAUAUUUGCUCAGUUGUUGGUAUACAAAAUGUGCCAAAUGGAAGGUGUUCAAGGUAUUCGAGGUUGGCGCUGGUAAGCAUAAGAUUCCCCUAGAACAUCCUAUCCGUCUCGAUAGGAUCUUCAUCAUCGAGGGGGUCAUAACGUGUGCGGUCGCCAUUUUCGCGAUAACCUUCAUAAUAAAAUUCCCGGACCAAGAGAAGAAAAAGCCAUCCUGGGGUUUCCUCAAACCGGGCGAAAUCGACAUCGUAAUUGACCGUCUGAACGCAGACCGCGGAGACGUUGAGGCCGAGAAAUUCUCCUGGAAGAAGUUCCUCGAGCCAGCCAAAGAUUGGUACAUUUAUGCGUUCGCCUUCAUCUUGCUCUUCGUUACAACGGUCGCCUACGGCUUCGCCUUCUUCCUUCCUAUCAUCCUGAGCACAAAGUUAAAAUUCAGCAUGGCGAUGAGCCAGUGUCUAGGUGCACCCCCCUACGCUGCUUCGGGCUUCUUGAUGUAUGGCGCUGCGUGGUUUAGCGAUAAAUACAAGACCCGAGGCCCCGUGCUCUGCUUCCUAUGCCUGGUCUCGCUGAUAGGAUUGCCGAUUAUGGGGUUUGUGAAGAACCCCUGGGGCCAGUAUGUUGGUGUCUUUAUUACGAUCUCAGGGACGAAUUCGGCGAUACCCUCGGUUAUGGCAUAUCAAGCGAACAAUAUCCGCGGGCAAUGGCGACGAGCGUUCUGCUCAGCAACAUUGACGGGUAUUGGAGGCAUUGGAGGUAUUACUGGAGCGCUCAUCUUUAGGACAGCAGAUGCGCCAAUGUAUGUACCGGGCUUCGCGGCUUGUAUGGCGUGCAAUGUACUGGUUAUCUUUCUAGUAGGCGUGUUGACAUUUCACUUCAGGAGGUGCAAUGCACAGGCUGAUCGUGAAGAGAGGGUGUUGCUGGGGGAUCCGUCGUUCAGAUUUACGAUCUAG